AAUCAUUUAUUUCUAAAACCUCACAGGAACAUUUAUUUACAUCUUAAUAAUUAACAUUUUCACUUUUUAAUAUAGUUUGUAUGCUGCAUGUCAAAGUCAUAAGGAAUACCUUAUGUAAAGAACAUAAACAUAAAUACACAAAGCUAGACUCUAGUACUCAAAUCUUCAUCACUAACGUCUUUAAACAUCAUCAAAACAUCUUCAUCACUAACAUGAACUACAAUAGUAUUUCAACAACAUUCAUUAUUUUUCUCCUUUAUUUAGUAACCAUGGAACUUUUUUUAUAAUUUUAUCAUCCUGCUUAUUUAUUAUUUGGCAUGGCAUAUAUAAAAGUACUAUGUAUUGUAGUUAUUUAAUGAGCAAAAAUUAUAAAAGUAUCUUAAUAAUUAAAAAAGUAUCAUUAUGCAUAGAUUUUGGCGAAAUGCUUUAGCAGCUUGGUUAUCAUUAUUAUCAAUAUUAAUUGUUUUAUAAUGAGCAACCAACAUAGUUAAUGUCUCAAUUGCCGUCUGGACAAGAAGAUACUGUUGUCAGUAAGUGCCACACAAAUGAAACAAUAUACAUAGUGAUAGGGACUUCUUUUUAAUUAGAAUAGUUUGUUAUCAUGUCACUUAUCAUCUAUUCCAUCUUCUGUAUAAAUUGACUUUCCAACUCGUGUCACUCACUUGUGAACAUUAGUUUCCUUUCAGAAAUGGGAGACGAGGUGAUUCUGUUGAAUUUCUGGUUAAGCCCUUAUGGGAUAAGGGUUCGGAUUGCGCUAGAGGAAAAGGGCAUCAAGUAUGAGAACAGAGAAGAGGAUUUCAGCAAGAAGAGCCCUUUACUCCUCCAAAUGAACCCAGUUCAUAAGAAAAUACCAGUUCUCAUCCACAAUGGCAAACCCAUUUGUGAGUCUCUGAUUGCUGUCGAGUACAUUGACGAGGUUUGGAAUGAACAAUCUCCCUUGUUGCCUUCUAAUCCUUACCAGAGAGCACAAGCAAGAUUCUGGGCUAACUAUGUUGACACCGAGGUAUAUAAGCGUGCCAUGAGGUUUUGGACAACUGAAGGAGAAGAGAGAGAGGCUGCUGGGCAAGAAUUUUUGGAGUGUCUGAAAUUAUUGGAAGAACAACUUGGGGAUGAGCCUUAUUUUGGUGGAAACAACUUUGGCUUCGUGGAUGUUGCACUUGUUCCUUUGUUCUGUUACUUUUACACUUUUAGCUUAUAUGGCAAUUUCAUCAGCGAGGUACAGUACCCCAAAAUCAUUUCUUGGGCUAAGAGGUGCACCCAAAGAGAGAGUGUGUUCAAAAGUUUUCCCCAGGAGCAAAGAGUGAAAGAGCACGUUUCCCAUAAGAGAAACAAAGGGUAGAGUAGUAGAAGGUGGUAAAAGAGCCUGCUGUUUCUCAGAAAAGAAACAGAGGCAAGACUAUAGGCAGGGUAAUAUUGCCUCUAGUUACUUUGUGUGUUGUGUCUUCUGAAUAAAGGAAUUACUGAGAUGCAUCUUUGGUUUAUGAUCGAAUAGAACAGCCCUUGGAUGUUUAUAAA